AUGCAUGAACCUACACCUUAUAAAAACUGUAGAACUGGGUGUCCUUGCGGUAUCAGGCAGGAGACCACCGGGACAGACACAGUGACUGAGACUGAUGUAAAUCCAAAGGCCUACCCCCUAAUAGAUGCCCACCUCGCCAAGAAACCACUGGACCUUGUUCAGCAGUCAUGUAACUACAAGCAGCUUCGGAAAGGAGCCAAUGAAGCCACCGAAACCCUCAACAGAGGCAUCUCUGAGUUCAUCAUGAUGGCUGCAGAUGCUGAGCCCCUGGAAAUCAUCCUGCACCUUCCAUUGCUAUGUGAGGAUAAGAAUGUGCCCUAUGUGUUUGUGCGUUCCAAGCAGGCCCUUGGGUGGGCCUGCGGGGUUUCCAGGCCUGUCAUCGCCUGUUCUGUCACCAUCAAAGAAGGCUCACAGCUGAAGCAGCAGAUCCAGUCUAUUCAGCAGUCCAUUGAAAGGCUCUUAGUCUAAACCAGUGGCCUCUGCCCCCCGCCCCGAAUCCUCCCCCUGGGGUUAUGUAUCAUAUGGUCUGUGUCCGCAUGUAGUUUCUCCAGCUAC